CAACCACUAGAAAACAACGCAACGCAUGCUUUCUUACUCACAAGUCAGAAUUUCAACUUUGUUGCAGCAAUGCAGCUUCAAACAGCUGAAACAGAUACAUGCCUUCAUCAUCACAACCUCCCUCAACCAAGACGCCGGAAUUUCCUUGAAAUUCCUCCGAAGGAGCACAGAAUUUGGAAAGAUGGAGUACUCCGAGCUUCUGUUUUCCCAAAUGGAUGAGAUUUUCGAUACUGAAAUCUUACUUUGGAAUGCCAUGAUCAGAGGCUAUGCUUACAAUGGCCCUCACCAGAAAUGCAUCUCCAUGUACGAUAAAAUGACUGAAAGAGGACUUAUACCCAAUAACUUCACAUACCCAUAUGUCUUAAACUCGUGUGCUCUGAUGGGUUUGGAUAAAGAAGGUAAGAAGAUACACUGUCAGAUUUUAAAAUGGGGAUAUUGUCGUGUUUAUUCCGUUGCCAGUUCGCUUCUGAAUUUCUACCUGAAGAUAGAAUGUUAUUGCGAUUCUUCUGAGCCCAGUGACAAGGAAGAUGUCAGUUUAAAUGAUACGAGGAAGGUUUUCGAUGAGAUGGUUCUUAAGCCCAUAGAAUUGUGGAAUAGAAUGAUCUCUGCUUACGCGAAUCUUGGCAAUGUCGAGUGUGCAGAAAGGUUGUUCGAUAAAAUGCCUGAAAGAGACGUAGUUUCUUGGAAUUCACUGGUUACUGGUUAUGCCAAAGCUGGGGAUGUAGAAAAGGCGAGAGAUUUGUUCUAUCGGAUGCCGGAGAAAAAUGUCAUAUCAUGGACUUGUAUGGUUGAAGCAUAUGCUAGCUCAGGUGACCUUGAUAAGGCAAAAAGAUUAUUUCAACAAAUGCCUGUCAGAAAUGUGAUUUCAUGGAAUUCCAUGAUCUCAAAUUACAAUCGGCAUGGGAAGUUCAAGGAAGCAUUGGAUCUCUUUGUCCAGAUGCAUUUGGGAGGUGUAGAUAUGGAUGGGUUUACUUUUGUCUCUGCCCUCUCUGCUUGCUCCCAAUUGGGUGCUCUGGAAUUUGGAAGAUGGAUACAUAAUAAUCAUAUAGAAGAUUGGUCUCAGGUGGGAGUUACAGUCGCGACUGCUCUUAUAGAAAUGUAUGCCAAAUGUGGAGAUGUUGAUAGAGCUUUUCAAGUUUUCAUUAAAAUUGGAAAUAAGGAUGUCUUUUGUUGGAAUGUAAUGAUAAAAUCACUGGCCAUCCAUGGAAGAACAGCAGAUGCCAUCAAAAUUUUCUUUGUGAUGCAAAAGAAGGGAGUGAAGCCAAACGAUUUCACGUUUUCCAGUGCUUUGUUUGCUUGCAGUCAUGGAGGUUUGGUUGAAGAAGGUAACCAGAUAUUUUAUAGUAUGAAGAGAGAUUUUGGGAUAAAUCCGAAGCUCGAACAUUAUGGGUGUUUAGUUGAUUUGCUUUGUCGAAAUGGUCUGCUUGAAGAAGCAGAGUUACUGUUGAAGGAGAUGCCACAUGACCCAGAUGUUGCUAUCUGGGGAGCUUUGCUUGGGGGUUGCAGAGUUAGCAGUGACUCUAAGUUGGUAGAGAGGAUAAUGAACUGGGUUGACAAGUUGAAAACCAAUGAACCAGGAGUUUACGUGCUUCUUUCGAACAUCUACGCAUCAAGUGGUCAAUGGCCAGAGGCUGUGCGUGCGCGAGAGAAGAUGGAAGAGAAGAGCUUAUGGAAGAAAGCUGGGUGUAGUGCCCUGGAAGUCGUUCAUGUAUGACCCUUAAAUUAACCUUUCUGUGUCAUAUUAUGAUCAGGAAAAACAAUUCU